AUGGCGGCCACCACCAGCCAGGCGAGCCUCCUCCUGCAGAAGCAGCUCAGAGAUCUCGCGAAGCACCCGGUGGAUGGGUUCUCGGCUGGGCUGGUCGACGACAGCAACGUCUUCGAGUGGCAGGUCACCAUCAUCGGACCGCCUGACACCCUAUAUGAUGGAGGGUAUUUUAAUGCGAUAAUGAGCUUCCCACAAAAUUACCCAAAUAGCCCGCCAUCAGUCAGAUUCACCUCUGAAAUGUGGCAUCCAAAUGUUUAUCCGGAUGGGCGGGUGUGUAUCUCUAUCCUUCACCCACCGGGUGAAGAUCCAAACGGUUACGAGCUCGCAAGUGAGCGUUGGACACCUGUGCACACUGUUGAAAGCAUAGUUCUGAGCAUUAUAUCAAUGCUCUCUAGUCCAAAUGACGAGUCUCCAGCAAACAUUGAGGCAGCUAAGGAAUGGAGGGAGAAGAGGGAAGAUUUCAAGAAAAAGGUGCGGCGCAUCGUGCGGAAAUCACAGGAAAUGUUCUGA